CCCCCUUCUAAGCCCCUUGUUAUCUAACAUAAUGGUUAGAAUACAUUUCCGUCUCUCCCCUUAAUAAUUUCAUGCAUUAACAUCCUCUUCACACACCACACACCACACACGCACACGCACACGCAGGCACGCACAGCAAAAGGAAAAGAGGCAGCAGAAAUCUCAGCUGUACUUCUAGCCCUUUUAAAAAGUUUGCUCUGUAAAUUGGAAUGAGGUCAGAUUUGGAGCUUCUCAUUGCACGCGGAGAUUAUUAUUGCAUCGGGUUCCAAGCCAAUGGGAAGCCCGGGGGAGGGGCUUGGCUCGAGGAAGCGUUGGUUACAGCGGCUGAUUGGCCGCGGCCAAGACUGGGAAAGGAUAAAGAGACGCGAGGCGGAAUUGGGGUCUGCUCUAAGCUGCAGCAAGGGAAACAGUGUGUGAGGGGAAGAGGCCUGUUUCGCUCCCGGGUCUCUGGUUCUUGCACGCUCUUUAAGAGUCUGCAUUGGAGGAACUCUGCCAUUACCAGCUCCCUUCUUGCAGAAGGGAGGGGGAAACAUACAUUUAUUCAUGCCAGUCUGUUGCAUGAAGGCUUUUUGGCUUCCUACCUUGCAACAAAAUAAUUGCACAAACUCCUUAGUACCGAUUCCGCCCACAGAGAGUCCUGGAGCCAGAGUCUUUUCUGCUUUGCAUUGUAGGAGAGGGACUAAGUGAUAGAGACUAUGUCGCUUUCCUGAGCUCCUGAGAACGCUCGUGAACUGGAAUCAACUGCUUCAGGGGAAGGAAAAAAAAAAAAAAAACAGACUUGCUUGGGAGGCGGCGAGAAACUUGCAUUCGAAGCUUCAGCAACCAGCAUUCAAGAAACUCCUCUCCACUUUAGCACGGUCUCCAGGACUCAAGAGCCGAGAGACAGCGCAAACUGCGGCGCGGUGAGAGAGAGAAGAGCGAGAGAGAGAGGGAGGGAGACUCUCCAGCCUGGGAACUAUAACUCCUCUGCAAGAGGCGGAGUACUCCCGCCCCGCAUCUUUUGGAGACUUUUCUCUCUUCGCCCACCUCCGCCCCGGCCGGGAGUUGAGCCGCCCGCUCGGCCGCCGCGCGCGUGCCCCAGCUCGGCGUGCGCUUGGCCCCGGGAGCCGGGAGGGCCCGGCGAUUGCGCCGCGGCCGCCGCAAGGGUGUGAGCGCGCGUGGGCGCCCGCCGAGCCGGGGCCAUGGUGCAGCAAACCAACAACGCCGAGAACACGGAAGCGCUGCUGGCCGGCGAGAGCUCGGACUCGGGCGCCGGCCUCGAGCUGGGCAUCGCCUCCUCCCCCACUCCCGGCUCAACCGCUUCCACGGGCGGCAAGGCCGACGACCCGAGCUGGUGCAAGACGCCGAGCGGGCACAUCAAGAGGCCCAUGAACGCCUUCAUGGUGUGGUCGCAGAUCGAGCGGCGCAAGAUCAUGGAGCAGUCGCCCGACAUGCACAACGCCGAGAUCUCCAAGCGGCUGGGCAAACGCUGGAAACUGCUCAAAGACAGCGACAAGAUCCCUUUCAUUCGAGAGGCGGAGCGGCUGCGUCUCAAGCACAUGGCUGACUACCCCGACUACAAGUACCGGCCCAGGAAGAAGGUGAAGUCCGGCAACGCUAACUCCGGCUCCUCGGCCGCCUCCUCCUCCAAGCUGGGGGAGAAGGGCGACAAGGUCGGUGGCAGCGGCGGGGGCGGCCACGGGGGCGGCGGCGGUGGCGGGAGCGGCAACGCGGGGGGAGGAGGCGGCGGCGCGAGCGGCGGCGGCGCCAACUCCAAACCCGCGCAGAAAAAGAGCUGCGGCUCCAAAGUGGCGGGCGGCGCGGGCGGCGGGGUCGGCAAGCCCCACGCCAAGCUCAUCCUGGCGGGCGGGGGCGGCGGGAAAGCGGCGGCCACCGCCGCCGCCUCUUUCGCGGCCGAGCAGGCGGGGGCCGCCGCCCUGCUGCCCCUGGGCGCCGCCGCCGCCGCCGCCGCCGACCACCACUCGCUGUACAAGACGCGGACUCCCGGCGCCUCGGCCUCGGCGGCGGCCUCGGCCUCCGCCGGCCUCGCGGCCCCGGGUAAACACCUGACCGAGAAAAAGGUGAAGCGCGUCUACCUGUUCGGCGGCCUGGGCGCGUCGUCCUCGCCCGUCGGCGGCGUGGGCGCGGGCGCCGACCCCAGCGACCCCCUCGGCCUGUACGAGGAGGGGGGCGCCGGCUGCUCGCCCGACGGGCCGAGCCUGAGCGGCCGCAGCAGCGCCGCUUCGUCGCCGGCCGCCGGCCGCUCGCCCGCCGACCACCGUAGCUACGCCAGCCUGCGCGCCGCCUCGCCCGCCCCGUCCAGCGCGCCCUCGCACGCGUCCUCGUCGGCCUCGUCCCAUCACUCCUCCUCCUCCUCGUCCUCCUCCUCCUCCGGUUCGUCGUCCUCGGACGACGAGUUCGAAGACGAUCUGCUCGACCUGAACCCCAGCUCAAACUUUGAGAGCAUGUCCCUGGGCAGCUUCAGCUCGUCGUCGGCGCUGGACCGGGACCUGGAUUUUAACUUCGAGCCUGGCUCCGGCUCGCACUUCGAGUUCCCGGACUACUGUACGCCCGAGCCGGAGGAGGAGAUGUUGAGUGACCGGCGCUCGGAAAUGACCCAAGAACCUAGUUGGAAAGCCACACCAGCCAGGGCGAGGGGCGGGGAGGAGAAAGACACGAACUGGAAAGGGGCGAAUAAUAAAACUGAAAUGGAUUUGCACGUUGGGGAGAAGGUGGCGGCGUCUCCUGGGCCUCCGCCUCCCGCAUCUCUGAAAUCAGUGAGGUGUAAAUGAGAAGACGUGUUUUUUUCCCUCACCGAUGCUCCAUCCUCGUUUUUUUUUUUUCUUUUUUUCUUUUUCCUUGUAAAUGUAAUCAGAUGCCAUUUUAUAUGUGGACGUAUUUAUACUGGCCAAACAUUUUUUUUUUAUUUUGUCCCUUUUUUCUUUCUUUUGCUUUUUUUUUCUUUUUACUUACUUAUUUACUCCUUCCUUCCUUUUUUUCUUUCUUUUUUUUUUGUAGUUGUUGUUACCCACGCCAUUUUACGUCUCCUUCACUGAAGGGCUAGAGUUUUAACUUUUAAUUUUUUAUAUUUAAAUGUAGACUUUUGACACUUUUAAAAAAACAAAAAAAGACAAGAGAGAUGAAAACGUUUGAUUAUUUUCUCAGUGUAUUUUUGUAAAAAAUAUAUAAAGGGGGUGUUAAUCGGUGUAAAUCGCUGUUUGGAUUUCCUGAUUUUAUAAUAGGGCGGCUGGUUAAUAUCUCACAGUUUAAAAAAAUCAGCCCCUAAUUUCUCCAUGUUUACACUUCAAUCUGCAGGCUUCUUAAAGUGACAGUAUCCCUUAACCUGCCACCAGUGUCCAUCCUUCGAUCUCAGUCCUAUAAAAAGGGGGAGGAGAAUUAGCCAAACACUGUAUGAUUUUAAGAAAAACAAAUUUUUUAAGCAAAAUACUGUUUUAUCCAGAGGCUUUAAAACUGGGGCAUUUACAGCAAAAAGGGAUCCUGUAGCUUUAACUUGUAAACCACAUCUUUUUUGCACUUUUUUUAUAAACAAAAACGUGCCGUUUAAACCACUGGAUCUAUCUAAAUGCCGAUUUGAGUUCGCGACACUAUGUACUGCGUUUUUCAUUCUUGUAUUUGACUAUUUAAUCCUUUCUACUUGUCGCUAAAUAUAAUUGUUUUAGUCUUAUGGCAUGAUGAUAGCAUAUGUGUUCAGGUUUAUAGCUGUUGUGUUUAAAGAUUGAAAAAAGUGGAAAACAUCUUUGUACAUUUAAGUCUGUAUUAUAAUAAGCAAAAAGAUUGUGUGUAUGUAUGUUUAAUAUAACAUGACAGGCACUAGGACGUCUGCCUUUUAAGGCAGUUCCGUUAAGGGUUUUUGUUUUUAAACUUUUUUUUGCCAUCCAUCCUGUGCAAUAUGCCGUGUAGAAUAUUUGUCUUAAAAUUCAAGGCCACAAAAAACAAUGUUUGGGGGAAAAAAAAAGAAAAAAAUCAUGCCAGCUAAUCAUGUCAAGUUCACUGCCUGUCAGAUUGUUGAUAUAUACCUUCUGUAAAUAACUUUUUUUGAGAAGGAAAUAAAAUCAGCUGGAACUGAACCCUAAAUCUUGACUUUUGUCAUUAUUAUGCCCAAAGCCU